AUGGCACUGAAACCAUUGACCCACGGAUUCGACGCCUAUCAGGAGCACGCAAAGCCAGCUGAAGUGCCUGAGGAGGUUCAGCUGCCCAUGCUGCUCGCCUCAGCCCCUGUGGCCCCUGCGGCCCCUGCGUCCCCAACCUCCCCUGCUGGCGAUGUUCCGCAAGCCGCGCAGGAGAAAACACCAGCAGAGAAGACUUCGCAGAGCUAUGCUGAGGAGAUGGAGCCUGGUAGCUUGGCGGGUAUCACUGUGAAUGCAUUGAACCUCAGGUAA